AUGGACGCGCGUGACACACUGGCAAAUAUUUUCACCUCCGCCCGCCAAUACUCUCAACAUGUCGUCACUACUGCGAGUGCACGAUGGAUAUCAUCUCAUCCUCCACCCGAUCGCACGCACCUCGCCAGCACCUCGCCAGCGCCAGCGAACGCUCCCCGCCCCCCGUCAGCGCGUGCACCCAACUCGGGACGCACUCCUGCGACGUCGCCAGACGCCUCGCCAGCGCCAGAGUCGCCGCGGCGGAACUCUCGCCGCCCAAUCGUAACCGCGCCCCGGCGAGCUCGAGCAGGAAGGACUCAGCGCCUCGAAGCAGCGACGCGGCCCUGGCAUCUCUGGCCUCGUCGCCCUCCUCCUCCUCCUCCUCCUCCUUCGUCUCCGCGUUCCCGUCCACGCCAGCUGUGUCGUCGGUUGUCCUCCUCCGUUUGA